AUCAUCUAGUAAUAGUUUCCUGCGGGUACAUGUGGGAAUUUAUUAAAUAUUGUUAAUUUUGUAAAUUAUUACAACAAAUAUCCGAAAUAAAUGUAUUGAAUUCUAUUUAAAAUGAAUACGGUAGUAUCUAAUGAUAAAAUUAUCAAGGAGAUACCUGUAUAUUUAAGUGAUGAUCUAAGGCAUUUAAUCCUCUUGCAUUAUCCUACCAGAUUAUCCAGAAAUGAUCAAUUACUGUCAUCAAGUGUUACUCAGUGCAAAUAUAAACAAGAAUGUGAAGAAAUAGACAUAUCAUAUGCACUAGAUACAGAUUUAAAUUAUGAUAAAGGCCAUGGCCAAGAAUUAGCAGCUGAUGUUGGUGGUUCUAAUUCAAAAGAAAAAAGUACUUAUCCUAGUGGAAUGAUAGAUCAAUUGAGUUUUGAGUCACAUAAUAUUUCAUCUAGUUCAACAGAUAUGAUAAUGUUUGCAUCUGGUAAAAGUCUUCAUUUAUGUCCACUAAAAAAAAAUCUUAAUAUGUUACCUAAAUUAAGUUAUAUUGACAAAAUUGAUCCAAAAAAUGAUAAAAUAAAUGGAACUCAAGAGCAAAAUGAAGAAGAGGAAGAAGAUGAAGAAGAAAGUGAGCAAAUAAUGGCAAAGUUUAAAGACCGACCUGGAAGAAAAAGUGAAAAGAAAAAAAUGCAAGAAAUGGUUAAACAAAGAGCAAUGGAACCUUGGAUAAAUUUAAACUAUGUACCAAAUGGUCAAUAUUUUUCGAGGACUGAAUUAGAUAAAUUUAUGCAACCAAAAUCAAGUAGUUCUACAAAUAAAAACGCUGAUUCAGAUAACAGUAAAAAAGGAACAAAUUUACUUAAUGAAGACAUCAAUCCUAUAAGAUCAAGACAAUUAUCACAUUCAAUGAUAAAACACUAUUCCUUGGAAAAUAAAUUAAAAAUACUGGUGUUUAACACAAAAAUGAUAUCUUCCCAAAAACUUUUGGAACUCCUCAAAGAAUGUGGUGUUCUAGCAGAUGAAAAUUUUUCAUCAAUAUUUGAACCUUUAAAAAAAAUUGCGUUAUUAGUUCGUGGGAAUUGGAUUGUAAAAAGUGAAAUUUUAUACCCUGAAAAUACAACUUCAGCUCAUUUUGGAUUAUCAUUUGAGACAAUGCGAUACUUACGAGAUUAUAUAAUUUAUAUGUUGGAUAGUAAUCAAAAAAUUAAUCGAAAAAUUAUUAAAGACAUGUUUAAUGCACCUCCUGAUGAAGUUUAUGAUGCUAUUACUUCUGUUGCUAUACUAGAUGAAACUAAAACUUGGAAAUUUUUAGCUACUAGCUGUGAAGAUGUUAAAGAUUUAAUAGAGGAUUAUAAUAUAUUUAUAAAAGAACAAAAGGAAUGGUGGACAGUAAGAAUAAAGCAAAUCAAUACUUGGCUAGAACAUAAAUCAAAGAAAGCCUAGGGAGUCACAGUUAUAUUUUUUAAAUGUAUAUUUCAAAUAAACUUAAUCUGUUUUUUUAAAUAGUAAAUAAAAAAGUUUCUGAAUAUAUAUAGUAAAA